UUAGAGCUCGGUGGCUGCGCUUCCGGGUUUGGUGGCGGUUGCCAGGUAAGGCCUGGGCCGCUCCAUAGCAACGCAGAGCGAAAGGACGCCGUGCGGAGAGAGAGGCAUGAAGGCGGCCGAGGGCUCCGGUAACUUGGAUGGGGAAAGAAUUUGAAGAAGUCAGCGAAUCCAAAUCCUAUUUUUAAUUUAAAGGAUACUGCAUUCUACAACAUAAGUCUUGGGUGCAAAACAACGACAGAGAAGUUAAGAUAAAUGAUAAUGGCAGAUCCGGGAGAAGGGAAGAAAGAAGAGGCAGACUAUAAGAGAAUGCACAGCUUUCCUUUAAUACGGCACACAGAUAUGCCAGAAGAGAUGCGUGUAGAAACCAUGGAACUUUGUGUUACUGCUUGUGAAAAGUUUGCCAGUAAUAAUGAGAGUGCAGCAAAGAUGAUCAAAGAGACCAUGGACAAGAAGUUUGGAUCAUCAUGGCAUGUGGUUAUUGGUGAAGGCUUUGGAUUUGAGAUCACACAUGAGGUCAAGAACCUACUCUACAUGUUUUUUGGUGGCAGCCUGGCAAUUUGCGUCUGGAAAUGUUCAUGAGGAAUGCUUAAAUCUGACACCUCACCUUCUACUCAGGAUGUGCUGCUGCAAGUCCUCGCUCAGGAAAGAGUCUUUUGGAUAGGCUCUGUAUUUAUCUUUUUGGGGUUUUUCAAUUGGCCAUUUUAUGAACUUGCAGCAUGGGGGCUGUGCAUUGCAUUGAAAACAUUGUAUCGCAGCAACCUCUGACAUUGGAGUGUUUUUAUCUUAGGGGAAAAGGAUCUAAAUGGUCUUUUUAAUAUUGCAAUACAUUCCUAGUCCAAUAUUUUCUGAAUCUUGAACAAUCAACUACACCAAACUGGUGCAGAAACAGCCGUUAAUUCCAUUUUCCUACUCCUACCCUCAGAGGCUUUUGUAUGAAAUCUAAAUGUAUGCACAGGGUUUUGCCGUCCUAAUAGCACUACAGCUCGGUUUUCCCAAAUAACUUUUUUUAUCCCCUGCCCUGUGAGUAUCUCUUUACCUCUUAUUUUUCCUAUAACGGUUUCCUUGACUCUUCUUGUCAUUUUCUAAAUUAAACAUUUCCUCUUGCAUGAUUCAUAUUCCCUGUUCUCUUUAACAAACUGUCUUGCUAAGUCUCUAUGGACAUCCCCCCCUCCCCCCCCCCCCACACACACACACACACACACACUAUACUGUUUUCCUUGAUCUCUUGACAAAUAUUUGUUAUUAGAUCCCACUUAGAGAUAUAAGUCUCCUCUGACUGCGAUAUAACUCAAUACUAUUUUAGCCUUUCAGAACACACAUAUCUUCCUCUAAGCAAUUUGUUUUGUUCUGUCUCACGUUAGAUUGCUUUAGCCUAUUCUCUUGUGUUUUUUGUUAUAUAUUAUGCUGUCAUUUACAUGCUUCAUUUUCCUACCUUUUGACAUAGAUGUACAUUGUAGACUAUCCACAAGCCAUAAAUAAUAGAUCAGGAGUUUUAGGAUACCACAGAGAAGCCUGCCAGAUCCCAGCCUUUAAUUUUUCUUAUUCAAUGGCAGAAACGUGAAGCCAUGUUUCUUGGAAGGAUUUUAUACUCUGCUGGAACACUGUGGAUUCUGUUUUUCUUUUUGUUUCUAUUUUAAUUUUACCUAUGGUUAAGAAUUGGUUUGCUCUAAUCUGGCAUUAAUAAAUUUACUUGGAUUUGUUUUAGAUCAUCA